AUGGAGUCUCGUCUGCAAAAGAGACGUCGUAUUGGUAAGCGAUGGGUCAACACUUGGAUCUUGAUCGGGAUUUACGUAUGCAAGACGCGUCUUCUGUUUCCCGAAACUAAAACACGAAACGUUACUGUAGCCCUUGAAACUGCUCGUGCUGGUGCUAGUCAAACUACUACUGAUUCUUCACGUCCUCGAAUCCCUGUUGGUAUCGUAACCAUCCCUAUUUCACUGUCACCACUUAGCCCUUUACCUCAAGCUCUUGUUGAUGCAUCUACACGCCCAUUACAACAAGUGAAACAGGAAGAGGAAGAGGAACGACAACCAGCACAGCAACAAUUGACACAGCAACCGAAACUAGAACCUCGUUCAUCUUCACCACAACUACCAAAACAGGAAGACAAACAACCAUCAGUACAGCAACAUCAACCAAAAGAAGAACCUUGCUCACCUUCUCUUCCUCCAUCAUCAACACCAACAACACCACCACCACAACAAAAUCCUUCUCCAUCACUAUCUCCAUCACCACCACCACCACCUCGUCGUCGUCGUCGUCGGCGCAGACCUGACAAUGAGCGUCAAAGGUUGGAUGAUAGCAUCGGUCGUCAAUUCAGACGAAGCCAAAAUAUUGAAAGAGAACGACAUGUUGAAAAUAAGAAUUAUCGUCGUCGUCGUGUCGCUGCUUUGGUUGCCGAGCUCGAUGAUUUAGAUGAUGAAGGUCGUGAUGAUCUGCUGUUGGAAAAAUUGGACUAUAUCGCUGGCCAAGUUGUAGGCAUUGUAACCCGCUGUCAUUACCAACACGAUCAACAAAGCUGCCGCCAAGUCAUCGAGCGCCUUUUAAAUGAUGUUGGUGUUGACAUGGAUGACGGCUUCGAGGUUCUCUUUCAGAACGUAAUUUCCCGACUUGAGCCUUAUCGACAUCUUGGUCUCCACAUUGACCCACCACCCCCAUACGAUCCCAACGACUUUAUAAACCAAAUUACGUGGCAUCGCUUGAUGACCAAUGCAUACAUCACUUUUACUGCCAUGAACACCCUUUAG